GGUGAAAACCUGUGAAAACUGAAUCAAAAGCAAAGCAAAGCAAUCAAAGAAUAUAAAUAUGCUUCUGCAUUGAAAAUAUUAUCAAAAUUCAUUUCGAUAAACCAAAGGUAUCUACACUUACGAUAUCUAGUCUUAAAGUAAAUACAAUAUUGAAAGUUUACGUAAUAUAGUUUUGUUUAAACAUUCAAGCAAAACAAUGGAUUCGUGUCUUGGUGUUGAACAAGAUUUAGACAAAGCAACGACAAAAUUUACGGGUAUAAGCGAUCAUACAAAUAAAGUCCUGCAGGAUUUGAUAACUCAAGUGGAGAGUUUAAAACAGGAGAUAUCUCAACAGCCAGAAAAUGAAAAGCUUUCUGAAGCACAGUCAAUGUUGGUUACUGAACUUGCUGCAACACUUAAACAAACUGUUUUUCAGAUGUCUACAGAGCAUCGCGAGUUGCACGCAACAGUGUCUCGUGUCGGCAAAUCAAUUGACAGGCAUUUCAUAGCUGACUAUGCGUCUGUUGCGCCCAAAGCUGAGUCCUUCUGCAAUGAUACCAACAGGCCUAUUAUGGAACAGGCCAUCGCUCAGCAUUUGUAUAGACAGGGUCUAGAAGAAGUGGGCGACAUAUUCGUCGCUGAAGCACAGAUACCACCCGUAGAGCGCACGUGCACGUUCGCGCAACUGCAGCGCUGUGCGGCCGCGCUCGCUGAGGGAGAUCCAUCUCUAGCAUUAGAGUGGGUGGAGAAGAGGAGCCAGGAGCUAGCGCACUCGCCGUUGCCGUUCACUUUGCAUAGGAUGCAAGCGUUGAAGCUCGCGCGCGAACAAGGCGUGGUGGCGGCCAUAGAGUACGCGCGGCGGCAGUUCCCGGCGCACGCGGCGCGGCACGAGCGCCAGCUGCAGGCGGCGGUGUGCGCGCUGGCCUGGUGCACGCCCGGCGCGCCGCCCGCCCCCGCGCACUACGCGCACCUGCUCGACCCCACGGCGCUGGGUCUGGAAGCGUCGGAGCUGUUCAUCUCGGAGGCGUGCAGUGCGCUGCGGCUGGCGGCGCUGUCCCCGCUGGCGGGCGGCGCGGCGGCGGGCGCGCGCGUGCUGCCCGCGCUGCACGACAUCCGCGCCAAGAUGGCGCACCCGCACGUCAUCGCCGCCUGGGCCGACGACGAGCUGCCGCUCGAGGUGGAGCUGGGCGCGGACGGCGGCGGCUACCACUCGGUGUUCGCGUGCCCCAUCCUGCGGCAGCAGGCGUCCGACGCCAACCCGCCCAUGCGCCUGCUGUGCGGACACGUCAUCUCGCGGGACGCGCUCAACAAGCUCGCUAUGGGCGUCAAGUUGAAAUGCCCGUACUGCCCCAUGGAGCAGUCGCCGGCUGAAGCGAGACAGAUCUACUUCUCUUGAACUAGUGCAUUUGAUUAUUGUAGACUUUUUGUUAAGUUGUACGGCUCUAGGUAUAGUCUACUCUUUGGUAGUGUUACGUGAUAAUUGUUGUUGAAUAAAUUUUAUUUUGUUGCAAUGAUGUAUUAUGUAUCUAAUUGUAUAUUGAGUUGAAAAUGUAACUUUUUUAUUGUUUUUCACAUAAUCUCCUAUAAUGUCAUGAUGGAAAGGAAAAAACAUUUAUUUUAAGGCAUACUAAACAGGGGCUGUAUUAUGACCUUAUUUCCAGACAGUUCACGCCUUGAAUUGAACGGACGGGCAAAUUCAUAUUAUGAGCGCAAUAACGAGCCAUGGUUAAUUAUGGUAAAACUAGAUUUCCACCCGCGGCUUCGCCCGCGUUUGCAAAGGAAAACCCGCAUAGUUCCCGUUCCCGUGGGAUUUCCGGGAUAAAAACUAUCCUAUGUGUUAAUCCAAGUUACCCUCUAUAUGUGUGCUAAAUUUCAUUGUAAUCGGUUCAGUAGUUUUUACGUGAAAGAGUAACAAACAUCCAUACAUCCAUACAAACUUUCGCAUUUAUAAUAUUAGUAGGAUAUGAAUUUACCAGUAAGUUAAAUUUACGGCGUAAACUGUCUGGAAAUAAGAAAUCAUAAUACGACCACUGUUGAUGAACUUAGAAAUAUGCGAAAGACUGGGUUCGAUAGAUAUUGCUAAAAAAGAUUGUGCGAUAAAUUUAAUAUUUUUUUGUAAUUAUUGAGUGUAUGAAAACAUGGAUUUAUUUAUGUAUUACGCUGUUUGGGAAUUGCUUGUGCAGAAUAUUUGAGAUAUUUAUUUUAAAAUAAACUGUAUUUUAUUUAAAGUUCCUACUUUGUAUAAACUUAAUGUAUCAUGCAACUAAAUAAAGUUUAUUUGAUGAUAAAAUCAUAUUAAUGAAGUAGAUGCAAUUUUUAUAAUUAUGAUUGUUAUUGAAAAAAUAUGUCGUUUGUGAUUUAAUUCGCCGACGCUCAAAAAAUUGGAAUACAAAACUCAAUUAUUAAAUGGACAUAAUAUGUAAUAUGUUGUCUUAUUUUUUGUUUACAUUAUAAUAUGUGUUAACUUUAAUUUUCUGUGUUAUAAAAAUGUUUGUUUGUAAAUAUUUGAGAUUAAACACUUGCUAUUUCAUUAUGAAAAUGAUAAAAAACUAUAAAUAAACUAUGACGAAAAUAUAUAUUAUGUCACCGUAAGAUUAAUAAUCCUUGAUCAGUAACAUACUGUUUACACUUUUAACGCAUUAUUUUUCGGAAGAUGUGAUUAAAUAACAACCUUAAUUACAAUCUUACUGUGACAAUAUAUGUAUAUAAAACA